AUGAUUCCUCAUAGCAACGAGUGUAAGUCCCAAAAGGAAGAGGACAGGAGUAACCAUUUGAACGAUCAAGUGGUGCGUGACAACACUAACGGUAGAAAUGUAUGCUCCUUUCCUCAGGAUGUAAGAAAUGUAGGCUACGACGGCACAUGCAAAGAGUCGGAAGCAAAUCCCUUUCGCUGCAUCAGUGCGAAGGAUGGCCACAAUGCUUGUGCAAGCGGUAGGACACCCCCUUGCGAUGACUCAAGAUGCGACAAUGUAGUGGUCAAGAAAAAGAAGAAACCUUUUCUUCACGAAUUAUGCAAAAAUUAUGUAAAGCUGACUUUACACAGACCAUGCUGCGUCAUGCUAAGUGUGACCAUAGGAUUAUUCAUUGUGACCCUUAUGAGCAUCUCUCUUUAUGUGAACAUAUUUAGUGAAGUGGAAAAUAGGUCGGAAGUUCUAACCUCUAUUCUGAGAAAGAUAAAUGGAGAGGAAUUCAUAAAAAUGAAUGUCGGCAACGCAAGCGAUGUAAUGAUUCACACAAGUGACAGUAUAGGGGAUAAAGUGGAAGAUUAUUUUAAAUUUUAUAAAAAGGAAAAAGCAGCAACGUUGUUGUUUUAUCUUGACAAGGAGGAGGGGAAAACGAUUCUACAAUACGAUACGCUUAAAGACAUUUUCUUUUUGGUGCAAUUUUUUAAGCAAAUGAAAACAAGAAAUAAAAAAAACUGGAGUGAAAUGUGUAAACGGUUUGAUGUUCCUAUGAUGGAGUCUAAAUGCUUCGUGUUAGGUUUGUUCACCAUUUCGGAACUUCAAAAUGCAGAAUAUGACACGACACCUAAUUGGGAAGAAUAUUUUGAUGAUCUCCUAGAAAAGGACGAAAGAUCUGUGGGCAAUUUUUUCUACAACGCACUUAUUUUUUUGCCCAAUUUUUUAUAUCAGCCUCAUAAGUUCGACACUCAGAGAAAGAAGAUAAAGGACAUAACAUCUGACCUGUCUAAAAAUGUGGAGGCUCUUUUAUUUGUCUUCAAUUUCGAUGAAGGUGUUGACGACUCCUCUUUGAAUGAAUGGUAUCGUCUGCUGAACAUGCAUGUGAAAUUGCUGAAUGCAGGGGAGAAAAAGUUUGUAACGAUUCAAAAUUUGGACAGCAGUACUUAUGUUCAUGAGAUAAAUCAGGAUAGGAAUUGGAGCAUGGCUGUUGUGAAUGAAAAGAUACUUGAGGAUAACGAACAGUCAUCCAUCAGUGUAGGUUUUAAAUCAAAUUACGUGUUUGCCAUUUUGUCCUUUCUCUUUAUAUUCAUUUAUGCAUGUUCCUUUUCGUCGGACGGUUUGAAGCAUAAUGGACAAGACGAGGGACCAGAAAGAAAAAGGGGGAAAAAGUUUUUACUUAUCUUGUCUGUAUAUACCCUGACCUUCUUUUCCUUUUUCUCCACCUUUUUCAUCAAUUUGUUUUUCCAAAUUCAUGUUCUACGAAUUUAUUUAUUAAAUUUGUUCCCCCUUUUUUUUCUAAGCGUCCUAUUUUGCUGCGUCAACAUAUUUUAUCGCAACAAGUGCGUAGUGCAACCUUCCAACAUGAUAAUACGCAGAAUGAGGAGCGUAAAUAUUUCCAAGAACAAAUCUGUAGAUAUGAAUAAGUAUUAUCUGAGAGCUAGCUACAAGUCACUUUAUUUUGUGGGCAAAAUUACUUUAAUCGUUUUGUCCCUAUACUUGGUUGGAUUUUCCUGCACUUACAGAAUCGUCCAAGUGUUUUCUCUAAAUUCGAUUUUUGCCAUCCUUUGUCUGUUUCUCUACUACGCUGUGUUUUUUAACAACAUGUUUGGCCUUUUGUUUUACAGGGACAACCACUUGUUGCUUUCACCAUCUCAAUUGUUACCACUUGCGCAGUCGGGAUGUAGCACGUCGAGGGAUCAACCCGAGGAGCAUGUUAUAGCCUUUUCAGAGGUGGUGAAUAGUGGAGUGAUGGUACACAAUAGUUGCAUAUCGAGUGGAAACUCUGCACAUGGGGUGAGCCAUAUUUCCCCCAACGCACGCUGUUCAUGCGAAGGUGUAGAUGGGAAGAAGCAUCACAUAGGAAAUUGCAUUUACCCGAAUGGUAUGGAAAAUUGCACUGAAAAGAAGGAAGACAGGAAUAAAGCAAGCUGUGGGAGAACCCCAAGGAAGGGAUUUCUCCUCCUCGUUGUGUUAUUUUUCCUCCUCAUUUUAGCGUUCUCCCUAACUUUCCUAAUAAGGAACGAGAAGAUUCACCUGGAUGUGUACCAUUACAUGACGCAGGAAUCGCCACUGAGAAGGUUUAUUCAAAACUUUGAGAAAAGGGCAGGGUUCGUAAUCGAGCCAGCAUAUUUGGUGUUGCCUUCUUCACACGAGUUUGACUACGGGGAUGAACAAAACGCAAAUGUAAUAAUAAACCUUGUAAACCAAAUGCAGGAGGAAGGAUGUAUUCAUGAACCCAUUGUAUCGUGGGUUCAUGCAUUUGAAUUAUUAAAAAAUGACUGCCGCACUAUAGACUCUUUUACUAAUCAGUACGAUUUGGAUCGCUAUAAAAAAUCAUGUCAUAACAUCAUUCCACAUAAAGAGGGCAAAGAACUCCAUUUGAAUAAGUUAAAAGAAAUUUUUUUCAAAGAUGAGGAAAAGACAUGUGAUAGCUUUUACCAAAUUGUGUACGAAUGGAUGAAUCACAAAGAGGACGGGAUAUAUGAUAGUCAAUUUUUUAAGAUUAAAACGUUGUACGGGGAAAAAAUUGGCCACAUCCUCCCCCAGUACUACAACAUAAGGCCACACUUGUUCUAUGGCGAUUAUGUGAAGAUGCACGACCCGCACAGCAUAUCGAGCAGCCGAAUCGGCUUUGUCCUGCACAAUUACACAUCCAACCAAGUAAAGAACAUGGAAAAUUUGAACAGAAUAAACAAUAUUGUAAAAAGGAGUAACAUAAAGAAUACAUAUUUUUACUCAGAAAGUUACGUACUAUACAAUCAAGCUACCAGAUUUAUGUCAGAAUGCAAAGUGAUGUUAAUUCUAUACUUUUUGAUUUACUUAUUUUCUUUAUACAUGUUCAAUAGCAUGGGGGUGGUAAUAAUAUUUCACUUUUGGCUCUGCUAUAAUUUAAGUGCGCUUUAUUUUAUGCAUAGCUUUGAAGUGAAUACUGAUGCGAUUACGGUUAUUUUGUUAAAAAUGGGGGCAGUCAUAUCUUUGUCUCAUUACCUGUAUGCAACUCUGUUUUUUGAGUCGAUCAUGCUAGACAGGAAGAAUUAUUCCAACAGCAUGCGGCAGUCUUACCCCUACUUGGUGUUCCUCGUGUUGUACCUUAUUAGUUUCACCCUGGAAGAUUACGCAUCGAACGUUUUGAGGCUACUCAUCCUGAACCACCUCGUCUGGUUCUUCCUAUACAGCUUAAUAAUUUUUUUCGUCCACAAAAUGUACGUGAAUAGCGCAUGA